AUGGAAAGAAGAACUCUAUGGGAGAAUUUGCAAGAGCUUAGCAUAGGAAGAUACGAUGCCUGGCUAGCCAUGGGGGAAUUUAAUGCCUACCUUAAGGCGGAGGAGAAGAAUGGGGGUGUUGAACCCCACUGGACUUCCAUGACAGAAUUCCGCAAUUGUCUGGAAGAAUGCAAUCUAUCUGAUAUCGGUUUUAAAGGGCCCAGAUAUACCUGGAAGAGGGGAAAGCUGGCUGAGAGAUUGGAUAGAGCAUGCAGCAAUGAGAAUUGGAAUCUUCGAUUCCCAAACAGGUUUUUAUCCCACCUCCCUUUCUAUAGCUCUGAUCAUCGACCGUUAAUCCUCCUUAGUGGUACUCCUCCCAAGGGAACCAAUAGCAUUAAACCAUUCAGGUUUAUGGCUUCUUGGCUAACUUGUGAAUUGUUCUAUGGGAUUAUAAAUAGUUGCUGGGGGGAAGCAGCUGUCUGGAAAGAGGCUUGUGAAAAAUUUAAGGUUGAAGCCUCAAAUUGGCAUAAUGAAACGUACAAAGAAGCCAACCGAAGGAAAUUUCAUCUACAUGCCAGAAUCAGAGGCAUAGAUGAAAGAUUGAGUAGGUAA